AUGGCCAAGAUCCAUCCUGCGCAGGCGUUUCUUUUCCUGAGCCUGCUCAACUGGAGCAUAGCAUUGAAGCCCCAGCACAUUCAUCCUGAUGCGCUAUCAGAGGAUGACCUGCAGGCUCCAGUGUGUCUUCUGCAGCAUGGAGUUGGACAAGGAGGUCAUCACACUCUUGAUGACCUCCCAUUACGGAAGGAGCUUCUUGCUGCACAGAAAGCACAGCAGGAGCUCGCAGCAGCGCAGAAAGCACAGCAGGAUCUCUUGAAGAAGAAGCGCCUACAGGAGAUGAACGACAUGGCCAGCGUUCAUUUCGACUUCGACGACGUACCUGUGCGAAAGGAGCUUCUAGCAGCUCAACACGCGCAGCAGGUCCCGGCGGUCCCAGCCACGAUCCCAGCGAAGCCGGCGAAGAUCCAGACGGCCACGGUCCCUGCGCGUACGGUGAAAGUGCCGAAGGCAGUGCAGGCAAUGCCCAGGUGGCCUACUUCGCUUGAGGACCUUUUGGGCCAUCGGAUUCCUCCAUUGCGAAGUCAAGCUAUUGGGCCACAGGAGUCCCAGGAGGAAGAGCUGCAGAUGGAAGACCAGCGCCUUCGCGAAGAGGACAGUCGCCUGAGGCAAGAGAACGAACGCUUGCAGCAUGCCCUGCUAGAAUUGAGCAGUGCUACCAAUCGCAGCGGAACCGUGGCAGAAGAUAUGGCAACAGUCCUGACCUCCCUUUUGGAAGAGCCGACGAAACCUCCAAAGCAUGCAAAGCUGCCCCAUGCUGGCAACAAGACCUAUAUGGGAACGGGCUCCCAUGAAAUGGAUCCAAAGAAGCGGGUCAUGACCGUGAGCCUCAUCAUUUGUGGUUUCAUUUGCUUCAUCGUCUACGUUGCCUACCAUGCAUAUGUCUUUUUCAGAAACGUUCGAACAGAUCCUCAUGGAGAUGGCGUGGUGGACUAUGAGGAUGUCAGGGAGUUCUUUGCCGAGCUCAUUUGUUGCGGUUUGAGCUACUCUUCGGCUGUCAAUAUGUCCUUCGUCUUUGUGAUCGCAGGUGCAGGCUUCGGCUUCCUGUGGUGGCAAGGGAUCAUUCAGCCCUUCUUGAAGGAGCUCGCUUGCUAUGUUUACCUUGGAUUGAUUGUCUCACUCUUGGUGGGUGUGAUCUUUGCAGAGCUCUGGUCGAAGUUUUUUGACGUAUUUAGCGCUCAAAUGCAAGCGAUGGAAAAGAUCAUGGGCUUCUUGAGGAUUGACAAAGCUCAGGACUUUGCCAAAGAAAUCUUCCACGAUGCCCAAGAUGGUGCUCGGAGGAUGGUGCAAUAA